GUGGUUGCGACGUCAUCAUCCCGCGCCAGGAGCCCGUGGGUGGGAGGAUGGCGGUGGAGGCGGCGGGGCUGCAGCUGCUGCGAGCUGAGUGCUGGCGGUCCCUUUGCAGGGAAGGUGGAAGAAGAAGAAGAUGGCAUUUGCCGUCCUUACACUCACCUUACAGAUGCUGUAGUACUGGAACGACCUAUGAAAACAUCAAUAAGCCAGUUGUUGACCGUAUAAUCAGAGUGGAUCAUGCUGGAGAAUAUGGGGCGAACCGCAUUUAUGCAGGACAAAUGGCAGUGCUAGGGAGAACUUCAGUAGGACCAGUUAUAAGGAAAAUGUGGGAACAGGAAAAGGACCAUUUGAAAAAGUUCAAUGAAUUAAUGAUCUCAUACAGAGUCCGGCCAACCAUUCUGUUACCUUUCUGGAACGUUGCAGGGUAUAUGUUAGGUGCUGGGACUGCCUUGCUUGGAAAAGAAGGUGCAAUGGCUUGCACUGUGGCUGUAGAGGAGAGCAUAUCUCACCAUUAUAACAACCAGAUCAGGACACUUGUGGAAGAGGAUCCAGAAAAAUACAGAGAAAUAUUAGAGGUAAUAAAGAAAUUCAGGGAUGAGGAGAUGGAGCAUCACGACAUUGGACUUGAUCAUGAUGCAGAACUGGCUCCAGCGUAUUCCAUUUUGAAGAAUGCUAUACAAAUGGGAUGUAAAGCUGCAAUUUUUUUAUCAGAAAGAAUAUAGUGACGUUUUGGGAAAUAGUGUAAUAACAGUUUUGAAUAAAUGGAUUAUUAGAGCAUCAUUCAAAUAAUAUAUAAGUAAAAUCAUA